GAUUGGCGCGGCACCUCAGCCGUGAUUGGUCGUCUGGAUGUUCCAAUUUGCGUGCUCAGCCAUUGGUCCUGAUGCGCAGCUCGCCAUUUGUCCAUUUUAGUGUUCCAAUUUUUGUCCACGGACGGCGCUUUUCGCGAUGGGGAUGGGAGGAUCGUCAGUACUGUACAUCGCUUCGUUGUGACAGCAUCACCUGUUGGAUCAUUGCCUUUGCUUUUUACAUCGCCUAUCUAUCUUCGAUAUUCAUCUUCGCCAUUUCUACGCAUCAGAACAUGGAUUUCAAUGCCACGUUACAUAGAGAGGCCACUGGUGAGCUUACUCUCAAGCCGUCCCCAGUACCGGGGGAAAACCUUCAAAUGGUUGCUAUCCAAUGACGCUGGAUAUGCAGCCAUGGUGCUGGCCUCUCAUCGGCAGGAGCGAGAGCGUGGAGACACGUCCGUGACUGCAGUGAUGGGCAACAAAGAAGCCUUGCUGCAGUAUGCGGGCCUGUUUCCGGACGUCAGGGCAGCCAUCCAAGAGCGGCAUGUUCGAGAGGGGUCUGGGACACCGGCGCAGGAAGACACGCUCCUCGUCGGGUUUGGAAAUUUCGCCACCCUCACGUUUAAAGAUCUCUAUAAUGCCGUGGAUAAGGAGAGAAAGGGCUUCAUCAGGUGGGUGAGGCAGAAGAAGGACAUCCGUCAAGGCACAAAGAUGGACGCUCUGCAGAAAUACACUUGUGUAAUAAUUUCCUUUAAUGUACAGAUGGAGAGCCUGGGACCAGAUGGCAAACCUGGUUAUGACCACGUCGUCAGGUUAGCCAACAGUCUGGUGGAUCUCAGAAGUAAGGGGUUCAUCACACAGCAGAAGGUGGAUGAGAUUGUUACUCUCUGGGAUAAACUGUCAGAGGAUGACAAGGGAGCUCUCAUCUACCCAGCUCGCCACCGUGAGAGGCUGGUGAAGGGGCGCUUCAAAGUCAGUCACUCAAAGACAAAUGUGACCCCCGGAGCUGACAGUUUGAAGCGCUGCUUCCUUGGUGAAGGCAGUGGACCUGCUCAGUGGCCCAAUGCCAGCCGUCUUGUGGAGGCUGUCUGUCUGGCUCUAUGCCGAAUUUACCCUGCUAGUCAGACAGUGGCCGGUGUCAGGGUGAACAGGUGGGCUGCCAUCCUGCGUGACUACAGAAUUAUAAGGGAUGUAGUCCUGGACAGCCCCAGACUCAUGGCUGAAACAAAGUUGCAGCUGUUUGAGUUAAAUCAGCAGACUCUUUCACAAUGGCACAAUGCACGGAUAAAAAAGCAGGAGAGCGAGGUCUUGCAGCAGGGCAUUCGGACCUUUGCCAGUCCCUUGGUGGCCUCUGAACCUCUCCCACCUGUGCUGUUUAAGCACGUUGAACCGGUCCGGCAUGGGCACCCAGCCUACGAGUUCGACAUUCCUGCAGAUGCAUCGGGACAGGCAGCGCAGCGUGUUCGAGGCCAACCCUCUUCAGUGGGCGCAGCGGCUGAUGCCAUGCCUGCUGCAGCACAGGUCCGAGGCCAGCCUCAUCCAGUCCAGGUGGGCUUUGCGGUACCUGACACAGCCCACUUGCGUCAAGCUACAGACACUGCAGCUAUUGCUGUACCUGCUGCUACACCCCCUGGUCCAAAGGUGCCGAGAACCACAGCUUGGCGGCGGAGGAAGGCGGCAGAGGCAGCUGCAGCACAAGGUGCGACAAAGAAAAAGAGGCAACAGACAGAACAAUACGUUUGUCAAAAGUGUGGCCAACCAAAGACUAAAGAGUUUGGCCACAGUCAGUUUCGAGGGGUUCAUUUUUGUGCAAAAACCUCAGGAAAAACUGUUGAGCAGUGGACUGAGGAGAUGAGAAGGGGACAACGCUGAAUUAUAUAUUUUAUAUAUAUAUAUAUAUAUAUACAGACAUGUACAUAU